GAGUGACACACUCAAGGUACUCCCACCGAAGAACUGCACCGAUCGAACGGACGCUUCUUCAACGCUUCGGCCUACUUCCCCUCACUCUUCUGCGGUUACAAGUUUUGGACAUAGACCGUGAAAGUUUCCCAACCUCCCGGAACACCAUCUUGAAGGCCGGAUUUGCCGCAAAUGACGUUUUGAGUCCGAGAACCAAAAUGGCCGCCCACAUUCCCGAGCACGAGAAGUGUCUUUGACGAAGCCAACGAAAAAGUUGCCGCAGGAGAUUCCUCGAUUCAGCAAAGAAAAUCGACCGCCUUCCUCCCCAAAAGCGUCCCAUCAUGCCGAUCCUCAAGCAGCUGGUCCACUCCAACCAGUCAAAGCGGCGAUCACGCGCCGACCUGACGGCGGAGAUGAUCAGCGCUCCUUUGGGAGACUUCCGGCACACCAUGCACGUGGGGCGCGGCGGCGACGCCUUCGGGGACACGUCCUUCCUCAGCACGCGUUCGGGCGAGGCCCCCGACGCCAAGCGCGACUCUCCGGGCUCCAAGCCGUCGCUGCUGGUUCGCACCUUCCGCGGCAGCAAGCGCUCGCACUCGGUCAACCGCGGGGACCGCUACGAGUACCACGCCGCCGCCGCGCCGCCCGCCGCCUCGGCCAACUUUGUGAAGAACGCCAUCUCCCUGCCGUACCUCAACGACCACGAGGGUGCCGGCAGAAGCCAGGGGACGGGCGUGUCGUCGGCCAGUGGGCCGGCGGCCAUCGCCACCUUCGGCGCCGAGUUUGACGAGCGCAACUUCGGCGACAUCGCCGAGCUGCCGCCGUCGCAGCCCAAGGCCGGCGGCGGCCUGAAGCACGCCGAAUCCAUGAUGUCCUUCCACGUGGACCUCGGGCCCUCCAUGCUGGGCGACAUCCUGAGCGUGAUGGAGAAGAAAGACUUUGAGGACGACGACCUGGGCUACGAGGAAGGCAAGGGCAGCGAGGGCCACGGUUCGCCCGCGCACAUCCCGCUCAUCGACGACCCCGCUCCCGUCGAGGAGCGGCAGCCCCCCGCCAGGCCGCCCCGCAUGAUGAUCUACCAGCAGAAGGUCAUGGUGGCGCCCUACAGCCCCGAGCUUCACGCCAGGAACAACAACAACCACCACCAGCACCUGGACAGCUGCUCCGUGUCCAGCUCCGGUUCCACCACCGAGGAAAAGACGGCGUACCCCCACCACAACGACACGGACAGCGCCAAGUACAGCUCGCCGCGCGACGACGACUUCUCUUACAUGGACGAUGAUGACGACGAGAUCAGAGUUUAAGAUCGGACGCCUGAUCCUCGGGUCGAAAUUCAUCAGUUAUGGCAUCCGGGGCUGUCACUCGUCACCUCACCUUGUCCGUCGACUUUGGGAAAGCCGGUGGCCAUCUUUGAAUGAUCGCAGCAACGCGGUGUUGAAACAGAAAGUCAAAGUUGUGGCCAGGGAAUGUGUUCAAAAAAA